CCGCGACCCCCGCCUCCUCUCCUGCCGCCACCGUCAGAGAAGCUCGCCGCUGAUGCCGGUGACCUAGCCCGCGUGUCUCCCCCGCGACCCCCGCCUCCUCUCCUGCCGCCGCCGCCGCCGGAGAAGCUCGCCUCCGCGCCCACAAGCCUCGGAUUCGGCGGGAUCCGGAACGAAGAGGGGUGGAUGAGACGGGGGAGGAGGAGGAGAGAGUGGGGGCGUCUGGGGAGGAAUAUCCCCGCCACCUCCUCCGCUCCUGCCUCCAUAAGUCAGGGGGAUGGGGCUGCUCGGGCUCAGCCUGUGGGAUGUCGACCGGACCGGCAGCGAUGGAGGAGAAGGGUCGGACAGGUGCGUGCAGGCGGGAGAAGCUGUGGGCGCUCGUCGGUUGGGGAGAUGGCGACCACCUGAGCUUCUCCGAUUGACCUAGACAGGGCCACGGCAGCAUGAGCAAGGGGUGGGGGCGAGCAACCCUCUGAAGCCACGCAUGUAUACAGAAGAAGAAUUUUGAGAAUGAGAUUGAUAAAGAUGAACAAAGAAGUAACGGUCAAGGAAGAAGAGUUAGAUGCUGCUGAAGAUGUCGAUGUUGUCACAUAUGUACAGACGAGCCGCUUUGUCACAAGCAUGGCAGCCUGCCCAACUAUCUCCACUGCCUGCAUACAGCUGUUUCAGAACAGUGCCGAUCAACCCAGGUUUAUGUUUCCUUUCCAAGGGCGUUCGAAUAUAAUUACCAUCCAUCGAUUACAGAUGUUACCAUUACUGAGUGUGUGCCUUAUUAGUUUGUUCUUUAUUACAGAGUUCGGUUGUAGAAGAACGAAACGAAGCACACAUCAGGAAGUCAUGCUCUUUCCAACAACAACAGCAAAAGCGCAUAUAAGAGAACUUGAGGAAGAAGUGAAGCUCCUCAAGAACCUUUCGCACCCCAAUAUUGUGAGGUACCUCGGGACUGUCCGUGAGGAAGACACACUGAAUAUCCUGCUGGAGUUUGUUCCUGGAGGGUCUAUCCAGUCGCUUCUUGGAAAACUCGGUUCAUUCCCGGAGGCAGUCAUUAGGAAGUAUACUAGGCAGAUUUUGCAAGGGUUGGAAUAUCUGCAUAGCAAUGCAAUAAUACAUAGAGACAUUAAGGGUGCAAACAUUCUUGUUGAUAACAAAGGCUGCAUUAAGCUUGCCGAUUUUGGGGCGUCUAAGCAAGUUGCCAAGUUGGUAAGAUUGAUGUUCAAUAUGCUGUUAAGGUCGAGUAUAAUAGCUUGGAAGAAAUAAAACCUUCAUGUGCUUGUCAAGUGAUCAAAACAAUAAUUUACAACAGAAUAGCAAAUGCUAAACCUUUCCUGUCUAAUUAUGCCAUCAGAUUAUGGAUUCUUAUUUAUUGCUCUUGACUACCUGUGUGCAUGAAACAUGAAAGUGUGAGUUUGGUUCCAAGCAGGCUUAUGGUAAAGUUCUCUGCAGGUAUUUGCAUUAUAGUUCCUGCAUAAUCUCUUGGUAAUGAAGCGUUGUCCGGGACGCUAUCUGGAAUACCAUCUCUUUCUAAUGAAUUUAUGUGUUAGUUGCUGCCUUCUUUCAUUAGAUAGUUCGAAUAAUAAUACAAACGUAUGGAUUUUUGUAAACUGGUAUAUGAUUCAAUGUUAUAUAUUUUGUGAACUGGUAUAUGGUUACCAGAGUCACCUUGCAUAAUUUUUUAAAGGAAGAGUGAACGCAGUCC